GUUUGUUUUUGAGGCUCGUGAUUCGUCAGCGAGGCACUUCGCCACGGUUCGGUACGGCGACGCUAGUCGAGGCGGAGGAGCCGAGGUGCGAGGCGGUCAGUUUUGAGUUCGUAGCCUUUGCCAGGUUUUGAAGCGGCUGGAAGCAGAUAGAAGAAACCAUAGAUAACGCACAGGAAUAAUCAUUCCUGGUCCUUGCUAGCCAGCCAUUACUAGUCCACAGUUCUUCACCGGCGCAUCUGUCGCUUCUCCGCAUAGCUGCUACUCCCGCCGACCCGCCCCCCCCUACAGAUACUGCGCUCCGCAGCCAGCCGGCCCGGGUGCGGGUCCCGAGAAUGCUGAAGAAUGACCCACAGGGACACUCUGGUUCAUCUGUUCGCUGGCGGGUGUGGGGGCACUGUAGGUGCCAUCCUGACGUGUCCCUUGGAGGUGGUGAAGACCAGGCUGCAAUCGUCCUCCAUUACUCUGUACAUCUCUGAGGUUCAGCUGGGCACAGUUAGCGGGGCUGGCGUGGCACGCGUCUCACCGGGACCCCUGCACUGCCUCAAGAUGAUUUUGGAAAAAGAAGGACCCCGCUCUCUCUUCCGGGGGCUCGGACCUAACCUGGUGGGUGUGGCCCCCUCGAGGGCUAUAUACUUCGCCGCCUACUCCGGCGCCAAAGAGAAGCUGAACGCCAUUUUCCAGCCUGACUCCACCCUGGUGCACAUGAUGUCUGCUGGCCUUGCAGGUUUCACGGCCAUCACCGCUACCAACCCCAUCUGGCUGAUCAAGACGCGCCUACAGUUGGAGGCCAGAAACCGAGGCGAGCGGCGCAUGAGUACGCUGGACUGCAUACGGCGGGUUUACCGCUAUGACGGUGUGCGCGGAUUCUACCGCGGCAUGUCGGCCUCCUACGCCGGCAUCUCUGAGACUGUCAUCCACUUUGUCAUCUACGAGAGCAUCAAGCGCCGCCUGCUGCAGGCCAAGGCCGCCGCCCACGUGGACGAGGAGGAGGAGACAGUGCGGGACGCCUCUGACUUCUUGGGCAUGAUGCUGGCCGCGGCCACAUCAAAGACCUGCGCCACCUCCAUUGCGUACCCCCACGAGGUGAUCCGCACACGGCUGCGAGAGGAGGGCACGAAGUACCGCUCUUUCCUGCAGACUCUGGCCACGUUGCUGCGCGAGGAAGGCUACAGCGCCCUCUACAGGGGCCUCACCACUCACCUGGUGCGGCAGAUUCCCAACACCGCCAUCAUGAUGUCCACCUAUGAGCUAGUGGUCCAUCUACUGAAUGGAUAGCCACUCCAAACCACAUACAGGUACAGAGUGACAGAGAGAAGGCGAAGAGAGCGCCCCCUUAUGGGGCAGACGGAUCGGCGUAGGAAGACCAGCUCUACACCCGGCACAGGAUUCUGAUCACUUGCAGGGUGUAAUAGGUUAUGGUAAGAAGUCAGGGUUAUGAUUAGGCUCAGCCUUAAGUGUAAACUCUGCCUAGCUGGAUGUUUGCAAGACGAGCGAUUUACAGCCAAACGCAUUUCCAAUCUUGAGUCUUUACAGAGCAAAAUAUCUCCGCAAGAACGGCAACCGGAGGCGGGGAAAAUGCUUUUAAUGGUACUUAUUACAUAAAAAUAACCAUUUUAAUAACAGCCUUGCUCAUAAUUAAAAGACCUUUUAAAUGAUUUAUUUAACCCACAAGCAUUUCACAGGAUGCGUUUUGAUAGGUUGUUUCGAAUGCUGGUGUUACUUCAGCAUGGCAGAUGGCUGCACGUUCAGUUCGCCCAUCUAUGAAACGGUUUGAUUUUGUAGUGUUGCUGGUACAGGCCGUGCCGACCCGCCGGAGUCAGUCCGCUCAUGCAGCUCGAGUCACCGCCAUGAGGCUCUCUCGGGAGAUCACGGUUGGGAAGUCGUACCGUUCUCGAUACUGACUUGAGAGUGCACUUGGUGGCCUCCUUUGGCUGGUGAUUGAUUUUCAUUUUGAUUUCUCUUGAUUAUCAAGCAUAAUAUUUUAUGGUUUUCUUUGAAAAUAUAGUACAGUACAUUGUACUCACUCCGAUGAAAUUUUAAGUAUGUGUAUAUAUAUUGUGUAUGUAUGCACAUAGAUCUAAAAUCUGUAUUGAAAAGCUCCCUGCUGCAGCCUGCCUCAUGGGUAGACACAUUUCAUUCAGAUCCGGACGCUUGAUGUGGUUCUCAUUGGGCCCGUUGACUUCUGGCCCGUCACUCAUCCAGGUCCUGAAAGAUGAGGUCUGCGUUUUCAAAGGCUGUCUCCAAUGAUAAGGCGGUGUCAGUCAUCUCCUUUCUCAGCAUUACAUUUACAUUCUGGCUUGUACCCACAGAAACACCCCUCCAGUCGUUUCCCUUUCAGUCGUUUGGCAUUGGAUGGAUAGCCAGACAGUUACACGCAGCGCGAUGAGACACCCUGGCACUUGUAUAUAAUUACGUGUACAUGAUCUGUGUCUGCUAUGGGGGCUUAAUGUUUCCGUUCAAGUUCAAACUAUGUUUUUUUACGCCUGAAAUACUCCCCUCACUGCAUUGCAGUGGUUUUUCUCAAAGUAGGCAUUGUAAAUGCAGUGAGGGGAGAAAUUUGGCUUCUUAGCCUUUGUCGGAUGCGAUUGUCACCUGUGGUGCCGUACCUGCUGCUGAUGCACUCUAUAGUCACGUGAUUUUCAUGAGAUUCAAUUUUUAUUUUAUUUUUUUUUGUAACAUGAACAAACAUCCUGCUACAGAUAUCAGUGCUGUUUUGGGUUUGUUUUAUGCUGUUUGUUGUAGCACGACUGAAGGAUUCCACAGUGGACACAUGGCUGAGAGGCAGUGAUGAUCAGAUGAAGCUUCGUGAACCGUUUGCGGUAUUUUCUGACCCCACUGGAUGGUGCCGUCUGUCCAAAAAAAAGGUUCAACACGUGUCCCAGACUAAACCAGCAGCACCAUUCAACGGCAAAUGAAAAUACAGCAAGUGAUUCAUGAAUUUUCAUUUGGCAAUCACUAGUUAUUACUGGGUGAUGGUCCUAGAUUUUUCAUUUGGAUUUUAAUGAUGUAAAAAAAAUAAUUAUGUACCAAAGGCAUAACUUUGGGUUGAGCGUGGGGUGGGGGGGGGUAGAGGUCUCCGCCAAUUUAAGGGGGUCCAGGGGGUUGUUUUGACUGUUUUUGAUUAUGGGGUGGGAUGGGUUAACACCUCCCCAUCCCCCCACAAUUUACACACAUGCGUUGUACCAUUGUCAACUUGGUGCAACUGUUAGGAAUAAUGCUCAUUGUGUCCACAACAUGGCGCCACAGGGCUCAGUUUAGUAAUGGCCUGUAAUCAUAUACAUUUUUCAGUUUUGUUGUCCAAUUAUUUGAAUGAAAAUGUUCAGAGCCUCCUAUGCAUCACCACGUCCCCUUUUGUAUAAAAGUGAAUAAACUUAAGUUUGAAA